UGGAGGUUCAAGACUGGCGCAUGCGCACAGUCGCUACCUGCCUGGGCAGCCCGUAACCCGAGGCCGGGUCCCAGUGGGUGAGGCAACGGGCGGCGCGGCAGGUGGGCGCCGACUCUCGGAGGCCGCGGUCGGGGCAAGAGCAAAACCAGCAAUUGCUCCAGAAGACAGCAAAAGUGGUUCACAGUAUUCUCACUGGUCUGAAAGCAGAACUGUUAUCAGGAGACACACCAAAUUUCUAUUGAUGGGUACUUUUAGGUUGGAAAGUGAGAUUGAAGAGAGAGGGUAGAAUUGAAUAAAAUCUCUACUUCUUAUCAACCUACAUCAUUUUAUUCCAUCUAGCAGGUGUCCUCAUGACUUCUUUUGCGGACCAUGUCCAUGAUCCUUUUUGCCUGUGUGAUAAGGGUGAGGGAUGGACUGCCCCUCUCAGCCUCCACUGACUUUUACCACACCCAGGAUUUUCUGAAAUGCAAGAGACGGCUCAAGACUUUAGCCUUGCAACUGGCCCAGUAUCCAGGUCGAGGUUCCACAGAAGGACAGAACUUCAGGAUACACUUUUCUUCUUCAGGGGAUGUGGCUUGCAUGACCAUCUGCUCCCACCAGUGUCCAGAAGCCAUGGCCUUCUGCUUCCUGGAGACCUUGUGGUGGGAAUUCACAGCUUCCUAUGACACCACCUGCAUUGGCCUAGCCUCCAGGCCCUAUGCCUUUCUCGAGUUUGACAGCGUCAUUCAGAAAGUGAAGUGGCAUUUUAACUAUGUAAGUUCCACUCAGAUAGAGAGCAGUUUAGAAAAAAUUCAGGAAGAGCUUGAGUUCCAGCCUCCAGUGGUUCUCACUCUGCAAGAUGCAGAUGUGGCAAAUGGAAUGAUGAAUGGUCACACACAGAUGCACUUGGAACCCGAAAUUAUUUUUACUAGACACUUAUUUUUUCUUAAUUGUGAAGCUCCUAAUUUCCGAAUGGAACCAGUGACAGCCCUGGGUAUCCUCUCCCUUAUUCUCAACAUCAUGUGUGCUGCUCUGAAUCUCAUCCGUGGAAUUCACCUUGCAGAACAUUCUUUACAGGUUGCCCAUGAGGAAAUUGGAAAUAUUCUGGCUUUUCUUAUUCCUUUUGUUGCCUGCAUUUUCCAGUGUUACUUGUACCUGUUCUACAGUCCAGCCAGGACUCUGAAGGUGGUGCUGAUGCUUCUCUUUAUUUGCCUGGGCAACGUGUACCUGCAUGGGCUGAGGAACCUCUGGCAAAUCCUCUUCCACACAGGAGUGGCUUUUCUGUCUUCAUAUCAGAUCCUGACGAGGCAGCGUCAGGAGAAGCAGUCUGGUUGUGGAGUGUGAGGAUGGCGUCGCAUGAUGAAUGGAUCCUUGGCUUUCCUCCGAGGGCCAUCUGUGUUUCCCUUUUUGUUGUCAACUUUACCUCAAGUUUAUUUUUUCUUUCUUUGUUUUUGAAGAAUGAUGUAAAACUUUAUUGAGAGAAUUUUAACAGUUAAAUAUCCAGCAUAAGAACAGUCUGCAUGGUUUCAGCUCGACUCUGUUUAACCCCAUGGUUGCCCUUUGCCUUGAACCACAGGUGCUUCAUCAUAUUCUUUGCUCUGAUCAGGUGUAAUAGCCUGGCUCUCAGCUGGUGGCUCCUCUUGUUGAGGCAGCUCACCAUUGGUCUUCUGGUCAACCACUGGUCCAUCCAGCUGGGCAGACUCUUGAUCAUGUCCUUUUCCUCUAGAUUUGGAUCUUGAUUUCAUAUGCCUGCUCAUAUUUCACACAGUUGAAUCUCAGCUAAUGAGAAAGAAUCCGGACAGAGGGAACAGGACCACCUCUGACUCAGCUCUUCUUGCCAGUUCUGACAAAGGCCGACUUUACCUCAAGUUUCCAUCCUUGAAGUUCUUUUGACCACACUGGACUGAUACCAAGAAUUGAGGAUGUUUACCAGGUGCAGUUGAAGGCAUGAGGCUGCUUAAUACCUGGUCCUCAUAUUGUGCUGAACAUUACUGCAGAAUCUCCAGUUCACAUUUACUUAUGACAGCAGAAUUUGGGGGCUCAUUCAGAAGUAGCAUUAUUUGAAGAUCAGAAUGGAAUUAUUUUGGUCUUUUAAAUUGGAUGAUUCAAUAAACCACUAGAUUCAGUAACACUAGUUUUAGUAAUUGGCAGUUAUCUAGAGGAACCACUUUAAAAACCUGUAUCAACUUUCAGUCCAAAUGUGACUCAGGUAGUUUUUUUUAUUUUUCAGAGGGUCAGGACAGGGUGAAUUAAAAAACUUAAAAAUAUGGUUCAUAAAUAUAAGCUAGGUAAAUUUUGUUUAUGUUUUUUGGUAACUUAGGUCUGAUACAAUACCUUUAGAAUGUUUAAAUGCAUUUUAGAUAUAAAUUGAGCAUAUCUUCAUUUAGGAAAAGGGCAGACUUAAGCUGAGAAAGUAGUUUAAAAAGUUGAGUUUAUUUAAUUUAUAAAAAACUUUUUAUGGUGGUGAGGCUGUGUGGGUACAGAAAUGUUUUGUAUUUAUUUGCAGGGUUUAUAUGAAUAUUUAAAAAAUUAAUUGAGUAACCAGUGCUACUGGAUCAAAAGCUUAUAAGCAUGAGUAGAAAUGAGAAUUUCAGGAUUCCUUGCAGUGGGCCACAAACUGGCGUAAGCAAAUCACACAAAUUCACGCAAUGUCACUUUACAGAUGCAGGUGGGAGUGGCUGUUGUCAUUAGCCUUGUACAUGCAGCUGAGUGCCUGUCAUUGCAAUGCUGAUGAGUAUUUGACUCCGUGGACCUCUUCGGAAGACUUCCCAAACUAAUUACUCCUCUACACCUUUCUCUAUUACCUCAAUUAGUCCAAGGGCCUAAUUUUUUGUGAACAAAAUUAAGUAGGUUUUACCUUUCUUUAAAGCUUUAUAAAGAUGAUUAACCCUAUGUUCUAAAAAGUUACUUUUCUUUCUCUUAUUGUCAAAAUAUCGAUUGAUCAUAGUUUUCCAAAAUGUGAAUCUCAGUAAGCUCCCUUAGGUCUCCAAAAAUUUCAUCCUGGGCCAUCCAGGACCAUUCAGGAGGCCGUUUCAGGAGUGUGCCCCCUGCACUGUUCUUGGUAGAAGUCUGAAGUCUGAGCAGCUCAACCACAAUUGCAUGGAAUACUUUCGGUUGAAUUAUGAUGUCUUGAUAAAUUAAAAAAUCCUAUUUUGCUAGUUUUUAAAAGUUGAGAACCAUUGCAAGAAGUUAUUGAGUAUUGUGGGGAAAGCAAGAACUUAUUUUAGGGAAUUCAGUUGUUGGUUGUUACUGGUGGUGUAUUUUUGUUUAUCUACCUUGAUAUUACUUCAAGAAAAACAAGUUCAUGUGACUGGGAGCUGUUGAGAAAAUGUUGCCACAGUAAUUUUAUUUUCUUAUAAUAGAAUUUUCUAUUUUUAAUCAAACAUAAAAUCUGGAUAUGAAAGUUAGAUUGUCCACAUCCUCACAUAUAAACUUCAGAGCUUUCUCUCUGUGGAUUUUGCAUCCUCAUGAUUUUCUGCAUAUCUAGGAGGUGAAUUUUCAGUCUUUCUAGGAGAUAAUUCUGAAGGUAGCAGAAUAGAAUGGAAAGCCAAGGAGGGGAGACACAUCCUUUUAUAUUAGAAGCGCACACACAUGCAAGCUUUAAAAGUUGGUAAGAAGAGCUUACAAGUGAAUUGUUUCUUUUUGAGCCCAUGUGCUCUUGGUGUUGCUGUGUGCCCUGUACCCCAGACGCUCUGGGUCUGAGCCUGUGAUCCACACUCAGCAAAUAGGAAAGAACAGUCCUUGAAGAGGAGUCCUCCUGUGAAAGCUUCUUGCAUUGGUGGAGGUGUUACCCAUACUUGGUUGAAUGUGGUCUUAGUUAACAUCUUCAUGGGUCUGAGAUUUACAAACAAAAGGAAAAGGAUGCACUGGAUAAGCUACAAGAUAAUGACUGGAUGGACACUGACUGAAAUCCUCCUCACUGCACAAAGGAAGACACGAAUGAUAGGAAAGAAGUGGAGAUUUCAUCUGAAGGAAUUCCUGGGCUCAGGUGGCCUUGGUUCAGGCCUGAAGUUCUGUGGGCCCCUGUGUCACCUGUGAUGCCAGGAUCUGGCUCUGCAUCACAGGGAUCAUUCUUAUUCCACCAUGGACUCCCUGCUGCUCAGUGACCUUUGUCUUCCCAGUGGUUAAAUGCUGCCUUCCCAGCUGGCUUCACAAGGCUAGGUCUGGAAGUAGAUGAAAUAGUGUUGGAAACAAAACUUCAAAGUGCCUUCUGGUAUCAGAUGCUGCAUGGUCUUGACUGGCAGGGUGUGUGAUCUCAUUUCUAUCAGGGCAGGGAUGUGACUCCAGGGCUCCUGGGCAGGGGUUCCCUUUCCCCAAGGACACUAGUGAAGGAGCCUGUGCACUCUGGUUUUCUUUUCUCUGGGCUGGCCUCACUGUGACAGGGACCAUUCCUGGUUUCUGUCUCCUAGGGGGAGAUAAGUCAGGGCCUGUUUGGGACACUGGAGGCUCUGCUGCCUGCAGGAGAGGGAAUGUGCCCACGGGCUCCCGGGUUUGUUUUGCAGUCUUGGGCCCUUGUGAUCCCUGAACUCUGUUGAUAGGCACUGUGAAUCAAGGCCCAACAUUUUAAAGUUCCUUAAGGGGUGGGAAAAAGGGUGUUGAGAGGAAGGCUGAAAUGAAAACACUUACUCAUCAGUUCUACCAGCUUCACCUUGAGCUCCCUGUUCAUCUUCUAGGUUCCCCAUUCUCCAGGUCUCUCCUGCCUCUUUCCACCUAUGUCCCACACCCUCCAUCCCUGGGGACGCCACUGAAACUGGAGUUUCUGGAGGGACGGGAAGGCCACCUUUAACUGUAAUCACUGGGGUGGGUACAGGAUCUUCAAGGAGCAGAUGGCGCUGAGGCACUCACUGCCCCCUUGUCCUGCUCACCCUAUGAGCUCUGCACACACCUAGGAGUUGGGUGUCAGAGGGGAGUAGCACUUCGGUGGUCAGCACUGCUCACAGCCAAAGGUGACAGCCAGCAAGGCCUGCUGUUUGGAGCCCAGGAAGUGGGGGAUAGUUGGGGAGCAGAGCUGGGGGCUCUGUAUCUGCUGUAAGACAUCAGCUGCCCCUUAGCAUUUCAGGGGCACAUGCUGUACCUUCAUCCAGGGCUGCCAUUUGCUGUUUCUUGAAAGGAUUGGCCACUCAUUGUAAAAUGCGGACAGGUGGCCCUCAGAGAACCUGCUGCUUGCACAGUGCAGCACAGGUGAGGAGCUGCAAGGAUGGGAGUGUUUGUGGUGACCACAUGUGCACCCCUGCUCUGCAUUGCUCACAUUCCAAAUGUUUCUACACAGAAUCCUGCCCAGGUUCAGGGACACUCCACAUGUGGACUGUGGCUGUUCAUAAUGGUGGAAGAAAAGAGAGCAGACGAGGGGGAAGGAAUGCCUUGGUCAGCUGGCUGGGAGGCCUGGAGAUCAGCUUGGCCCUUCCAUUGGGUCUUGACCACAGUGGGCAAGUCAUUGCCCAUCGGCCCAAUGUCCUCAUCUGGAAAUAGGAUAAGGUCAACUUGCUCUCCUGGAAUGUGGUCAUGAGGACAAAAGUCUAGUGGAGGAGAACACUGGGUGAAUCCCUGGUUCUUGUGCAGGAAGAGAGAGGUUUUGAGUUUACCUGAUACAGAUGUUCUGCAUGCUUCAGUAAACAGGGCGCAGCCAUGUCUUCUGGCUGUUACAAAAAGGGCCUUUUGUGAUGCUGCAAGGUACAUGGGCUCAUUCUUUCACUCCAGAAAGGUAGCAGCCUCUCUUCCUCCUCUUGGACCUGGCUUCUGCCUAUCCAGGCACAGAGCCCUUGAUACCACUGCUGUUGAGUCCUCCAGGGCCAGGAAAGCCAGUUCUGGUUCCACCAAACCUCAGGUAUAUCCCUGACCCAAAUGAGAAGAGCUCUGAUUCUCACAUCUGGAGCAGUGAUGUCAGACUUCUGUUGCUGGGGAAACAUCAUUGGCAGGGAACCUGUGGAACGGGCUUGCCAGUGAAAUCUGGGAAUGGCCGGAUAUGGAAACAUCUGUCUGUGUGUACUGACGGCAGAGCUACUGCCCACAGUCUCUUAGUUAGUGUAAAAUUAUCAAAUCCAUUUUGUUCCUCUAACCUGGGCUUGAUAAAUAUGAUCUUUAACUUAUAUAUGAUUCCAGGGUUGCUUCAUAAAUAAUUAAUGAAUUAUUCAUAUGACUUGACCCCCCAGGAUUCUGUUUUGUUUAAUGGACUUUUAUACUAAGAGCAUAAAAGAUUGAGGCUAAUUUAGCCAGGGCCAAACCAUUUACUUCACAUGCUCAUUUUGAAUGCUUGCUGUGACACAAGCUUCUUAACUGUUUUCAUGUAAUAACAAAGAUCUAUUUUGAGUAAAUGAUAGGUAUGUUUUAACAAACUUUCACACAGUAGUAAAGCCUAAACUUGUGUUAUGUAUGUAAAGAAUGUUGUUUAGCUCUUUAUAUACAAUGUAUAUAUAAAUUAAAUGAGGUGGCUUCAGAAGUGGGAGGAGAAUAAACCUAAAGGUGCUUAUUAA